AUGAACACAGGGGACAUGGAAGGCAUGGAUAUGGGCGGCAUGUAUAUGAGUGACAUGGACAUGAGUGACAUGGAUACGGUUGACAUGGGCACAUCUUGGAUGAUUGAAGAGUAUCCCGAUCCCAAAUGUUAUGCCGAGAAUGAUGCAUUAUUGCAGACCCUGGCUUACUGCAUGUACUCUCAUUGCCAUACAGAGGCCAACUCUACCUUGCAGAGAUACUGGGAAAUGAACGUUGCCGGCACUGAGGCAAACCAACCUUUGCCAAAGGAGUCAUACCAGCAAGCGCUUUGGAGCAUCGGGUUCACACCGAAUAUAACUGUCAAUUCUACCGAGGUUCUAAGAUCGGCAUCUCUGGUAUCCGGUGCGACCUACACGCUCCAAUACAAUACUCUGACUAAUGUUGAGCGCGUUGAAACCUCACACGAGACAUACGGACUUGUCCUCAUUCUGACCGGCGCGAUCAUCCCAAUCAGCCUCUCAAUGGCAAGAUUUAUUCCAUUUCCUGGGCCAUGGAAAGCAAAAUUCGAAGCACUUUUCAUUCUCCCGCCGCUCAUCGGCAAUCGACAUAAAGUGCCGGUUUUCAACACGUUUAUCAUGCCUACGCGAGGCCAAGCACUGUUUAUUGCUUACUUGAUCAUCAUCAACAUCAUUCUUUCUGCCGUCGGCUAUGAAACUGCCAACCCGAGCGCCUGGUAUGCCUCAGAGCCAAUCGAAAUCGCUAGUUACGUGAGCAACCGCGCUGGAGUUCUCAGCUUCGCAAACAUCCCACUCUUGUUCCUUUACUCGGGUCGGAACAAUGUCCUGCUGUGGUUGACCAACUGGUCUCACUCCACUUUUCUCCUUCUUCACCGAUGGGUUGCAGUGAUCUGCGUUAUUGAGGCAUGCCUGCACUCCGCCAUGUAUCUGCAAAUUUACAGCGUCGAUUACUCAUAUUCGAGUGAAAGCAAGCUCCCGUAUUGGUACUGGGGUAUCAUUGCAACGCUCUCCCUGGUCAUCUUGAUACCAAUGUCGACACUGCAGAUUCGGAAAAGAUGCUAUGAGCUAUUUUUGGCAUGGCAUAUCUUCUUCUCUCUUUUGGCUUUGAUCGGCUGUUACCUGCACAUCUAUUACGAAUACGCUCACCAAUAUGGCUUUGAGAACUGGAUCUAUAUCGCAUUUGCCAUAUGGGCCUUUGAGCGUGGGUUCCGAAUCUUGCGAAUGGCUAGACAUGGUAUCCUAACAGCGCAUGUGUCUAUUGUUGACGAUGACUAUAUCAAGCUCGAGAUCCCAGGAAUUGCAGCGGAUGGGCAUGUUUACCUAUAUUUCCCGACUCUGACCUGGCGCAUGUGGGAGAACCAUCCGUUCUCUGUCAUGGCCGAUUUCCAGCAAAGCGGCGACACUAGGACUUCGAAGAGGUCAUUGGAUUGCUUAGCUGAAGGGAAAGAGGAAAUUGCCAAGAUCAAUAUCACUGCAACCGGGAAUGACUCAGGAUCGGAGUCAGCCCAUGGAUCAAGGCAAGUUAGUCUACAAGGUCGCUCUGGGCUACUCAUAUACAUCCGGACCGAGGCAGGCAUCACUCGACAUCUCCGAGGAAAGUCACACCUGCCCGUCCUUGUUGAGUCUACCUACCGUCCGACCUCCAUUGUGGGCGAAGAGAUCACCCAGGCGCCGAAUAUCAUCGCAAUCGCCGGUGGAGUUGGCGUUACUGCUAUAUCGCCCAUACUGUUGGGUCACCGGGGAUGGCACAAACUGAUAUGGGCAGUCAGAAGCAAGUCCCUGGUUGAUUCCGUUGAAGACGCGCUUGGAGAGUCCAGGUUCAAGCAGAUGAAUGCUGUGAUUUUCCAUGACCAACGUAUGGAGAUUCCUCGGCUGCUGGAAGAGGAGGUCGCCAGAUUUAUGGAGCAAGAGCUCACUGUGGUUGUGAGCGGUCCUCCCAGAAUGGCGGAUGAAGUCCGUAUGGUCGUUGCCAGAUUAAUUGAAAGCAACCCUUCCGUGAGGCUGAAAUUGGUUGAGGAGUCUUUCGGUUGGUAG